CGAAAGUCCUCCAAUUUCUUAUCAUUAAAGAGCGUAUGAUUUAAUUCGGUUUUAUUUGCAUUUGAAAACACUGUUGAAAAUGGUUUGAAGAGUUUGUUUUAAUCAGAGAAGAAUGUUGGUUCAAUUGUUGCAAAUAUUGCUAUUAUUGCUGCAUUUUGAGAAUGUUGAUAUGUGUAAAGCAAACACAUACCCACACUGUAAGAGUUGGGGCAGUUGUUCAAAGCCAUGUGGAGGAGGAACUCGCAAGCGGGUGUGUGAAUCGUGUUAUUUUUAUAUAGACAAAGAUUUUUAUGAAGACUGUAACGAGCAUUGCAACUACAAUCAUCCUUAUUAUUCCGGAAGAUGCCAUUGUCCGGCAUGGAGAAAUGGCGAGUGCUGUGAAAAUUGCAGACAUAUUUAUAUCGCUCACUGUAAAUCUGGUCAGCAGAUGUGCGGAGAAAACCCCGACAAUAUCAAAUGUACACAAUGCAAUGAUCCGUACUACCCUGCCGGAUACGGAAAUGGUUGUAGAGCUUGUCCACAAAUUGAUAACUGUAAAAGAAGAAAAUGCACAUCAUCAUCUGACACUAAGUGUCUAGAGUGUUAUGACGAUAAAACAUUCUUCAAGAAAACAUUUUGGGACACAAAAUGUGAACGUUUGUGCUCUUGGAACAAUCACUACUGUUGGCCCGGGAAAUGUGGUGAAGAUCUUACAAGAGGAUGCACUUGCGCGCAAGAUUUCAAAAUUAUACAGCAAAGCGGAGAAACGUCUUGUCAGCCAAAAAAACUACCAUCAAUUUUAACAUGUGGAACAGUUGUAGUGGGCCCGAAUAUGGAAAAGAAACAGGCUAGAAGCAGCACAAGUUCUACUGAGUGUCAAUAUCUUGCUGAUAUGUAUGGUAAUUUCCAGCCGUCGUCAUUCAAAUUUAAUGUCGCAGCGGAAUAUACACUCAACAUUACAGCCUUUAAGAAACCAGAUUAUAUCAGCGAAUCAAAGUUUGGUAUUACAGACUUUUCGAUAGAUAUCGUCAAGAUCCUUGUGGAUGGAAGGCGUUCUGUUGAAAGUCGUAUCAACCGUUUAGUGGACAACUCUUCCAGCGUAAAUUGUUCUCAGACACAUUUCGACUCGGAUAUCACCGUUACCUCUUCUAAAUUUGAUCUUCAAGAUGGACAAGC